ACAGCUGUCAACAACAAAAAAAUACUCAUUUUUUUGUGAACGCUUCUGUUCGAAAAUUUUUACGUAAUUUCUAUUGUGAUUGUUUUAAACAGAAACAAGCGAAAAUGUCGCUAAUCCGUCAGGUGUUGUGCCGCACAGCGCCCACAAUGCAGCUCACCGCUCGUCGCUGGGCAUCCGCACAGGAUGUGGCGCCCAUUGAUCCGAACACGGCGCUGGCACGCCCCGAGGAGUUGGAGCAGCGCAACAAGCUGAGCGGCAAGAUAACGGUGCCCGUUGACGUCAAUCUCGGACCCAUAUCGGGCGUGCCCGCCGAGCAGCUGAAGGAGCGCCGCGUCCGCAUCCAUAUACCGCCCAAGAAUGCCAUGCAGAGCGGCACAGACAACGUGAACACCUGGCUAAUUGAGUUCGACAAUCGCGAACGCUGGGAGAACCCGCUCAUGGGCUGGGCCUCCACCGGCGAUCCAUUGUCCAAUUUGAAUGUGCAGUUUGGCACCAAGGAGGAGGCCAUCACCUAUUGCGAGCGCAACGGCUGGAGCUGGUACGUGGACGGCGAGCUGAAGCCCAAGAAGGAGCGCGUCAAGAACUACGGCAUCAACUUCUCCUGGAACAAGCGCACGCGCGUCUCCACCAAGUGAAUGGCAGGCGUCGCCGUCGCCUCCAAAUGGCAGCAGAAAAUUGCGUCUUCUAUAUAAUUUAAUUGCCUUUUUUUUCGCUUACAUUAAAACUAAAGCCCAAACUUAA